ACACCUUCAAUGGCUCCAAUUGAAGUGGGAAAUGUGAUUCCAAAUGGCACCUUAGCCUACCUAGACGACUCAAGCAAUAUUCAAUAUGUUUCAAUUCAUUCCUUUGCUGCCAACAAAAAGGUCAUCAUCUUAGGUGUUCCUGGUGCUUUCACCCCCUUUUGUAUCUCUGGCCAUGUCCCUAGCUUCAUUGAGAUAUCAGAAGUAUUGCAAGCAAAGGGUGUUGAUGAAAUCAUAUGUAUCAGUGUCAAUGAUCCAUUUGUGAUGAAUGCAUGGAACAAAACAUUUCCAGAGAAUAACCAUGUCAAAUUUCUUGCUGAUGGUUCCGCCGCAUAUGCUCGUGCUCUUGGGUUGGAGAUUGAUCUCUCGGAGUUUGGCCUCGGCAUUCGCUCUAAGAGGUUUUGUCUUCUUGUUGAAGACCUUAAGGUGAAGGUUGCAAAAGUUGAAGGUGGAGCACAAUUCACCAUCUCUAGUGCUCAAAAGAUCAUAAAAGCGCUUUGA